GGCUAAGCUCUGCUCUCCUUGGGCUACACACGACACAGAGAGGGGCAUUGCUGCUCUACAUUGCGUGCGCAAUCUCCAUCAGUCUACUGCGACGAUCGGGCCGGGCUUAAAUCCCCGUACUUCCAUCGCUGCGAGAGCUUUUGUUCUGCCAGCGCAUCGGAAGCGCAAACAAAACGACGACAAAAUCAUUAACUGGACGCUGCUAUUGAUGGCUGCGCAGCUCGCGGGCGCGCUGCGGCCGCCGCGCAUCGAGCUGUUCUUCAAGACGCCGGCCGAACUGAAGGAGCGCCUCCGCGACCUGACAGCCGCGGGCUACCGGUCGUUCAACCUCGUGAACAAGGACAAGAAGGACCCGAUGCUCGCGUGGGUCGACGUUUGUUGUGAGGAGCUCGGGCCCGGCGACGACGUCUGCGCACACUUCUCGAGCAAGUACAACGCGAGGGGCGGGCCGGCGCUCGCGGAGAGGCUAGCGGCCCUCGCCGCGCGGUCGCAAGCGUCGGGCGUCGCGCUGUCGACGCUUUUGGUGUCGGGCUCGGGCAAGCGAAAAAAGGGCCACUUUGCGAGCGACCUCGCCGGCGCUCUAAAUGCGCCGCCGUCGCCGGUCGGCGUCGCCUUCAAUCCUUAUGAAGACGACAUGGAAAAGGAGCGCGCGGCGCUGGCGGCGAAGUUGAAGGGAGGCGGCGUGUCGUCCGUCUGGCUCCAGUUCGGCGUGCGCCUCGAGGACCUCGACCGCGAGCUCCUUUGGCUCCGAGCCUCAUUUCCGUCGCUCGAGCUCGUCGGGUCGGUGUUCCUGCCCACCAAGAAGCUGAUCGCGCAGCAGAAGUUCCGGCCGUGGAACGGCGUCGCGCUGUCCGACGAGUACCUCUCGGGGCCCGAGGCGGCGGAAAGGGUGACGCGCCAAUUACUCGCCGUCUACGCGAAGCAUGACGUAAGACCGCUCGUCGAGGCGCCGGGCGUGCGCACGGCCAAGGACCUCGCGGUCGUCUCCAGGUUGUUCGGCGAGCCCGCACCGCCGGCGAAGAAGCGCCGUUUGUAAGUACUAUGUUAUCUACGGGA